AUGUACAAAAAUAAACCGUCGUCUACCGCUUCUGGUAGCUCCAACCCAAUCUCAGAUACACAGAUCUCCGAGUCAAGAAAACGUCAGUCUAAGAGAGACGACGCCAUCAGAAGAAAGAUUGAAAAUGACUUGAGUAAGAAAAAGAAGAGCAGCACACGCACCAACAGAAGCAAAAAGGGCGCUCCAGGUACAGUGUUAUACUUGAAACCCUCGGAGCCUAUCAUCUGUAAGCCAACGGCCACUGUUUACGAAGUGUCUCAGCUUAUGACUGCCAAGAGAGAAAAUUGUAUAUUGGUAGUCAAUGAUUUGGGAGAGUUAUUGGGGAUUUUCACGGCUAAGGAUUUGGCAUUCAGAGUGGUGGGAUCUGGGCUUAAUUCUACCCAAGUCACCAUUGAUCAGAUUAUGACCCCAGACCCAAUGUGUGCUAACUCCAAUACCCCAGCCUCGGAAGCUUUAAAUUUGAUGGUGGAAAGAGGUUUCAGGCACUUGCCAGUCUUAGACGAGCAAAAUAGCCAAAUUGUUGGUGUCUUGGAUAUCACCAAAUGUUAUGCUCAGCAGAUGGAGAAAUUAGAAAGAAUGCAUGCCUCUUCGAAGAAGCUUUACGAAGCUCUCGACUCAGUGCAUAGUGAAAUUGGAAUGCAGCAACAACCGUUACACAUUUUCCAAUAUUUUGAAAACUUGAAGUUGAAAAUGAACGGCCCCACCUUGGAAAGUGUGCUAGUAGAUGGAUCUACAAUGCCAGUCUAUACCAACUUCAAGGCUUCAGUUUACGAGGCCACCAUCUUGAUGAAGGAAAACCAUACCACAGCCGUUCUCGUUAAGGAUAGCAACGAAGAGGUCACCGGGAUUUUUACCUCUAAAGAUGUUGUGUUGAGAGUUAUAGCCGCAGGGUUAGAUCCUAAGAAAUGUAGCAUUGUUAGAGUAAUGACUCCACAACCAGAUGUUGCACCCCAGAAUCUUCCAAUUCAAGAAGCUCUCAGAAAAAUGUUUGACGGUCAUUACUUGAACUUACCUGUAAUUGAUGAAAUGGAACAAAUUAUAGGUAUUGUAGAUGUCUUGAAAUUGACUUACACCACCUUGAACCAGAUAAAACUUAUCGAGGAAAAUGAUAAUAAACAGAAUAAUGAUGGCCAGAACCUGAACCAAAAUCAACUGGCACAGAAGCAAGAGGAAAGUAACGGUCCUGCUUGGAAUAAGUUUUGGACUUCCCUUGAUAAUGAUGACAGUGAUUCCGUGCAUUCGGACUCACUUAUUGGCAGUGGCACUGGUACUGGAACCGGAGCGGGUGGAAUUCCAGAAAUCACUCCUUCCGAAUUCAAUUCUUUUAACGUUGACAACAUCAAGCCAUCAGAUUCGAUCUCUUACAUCACUUCUCCAACUAGACCGAAGAGAAAAUCAAGGUUAGCACAUGAAGAUGAAGAGCCAGAGGAAGAAAGAACAACUGAAACUGAUGAUGUUUCUUUCAAAUUAUCGCCUUACAUUUUCAAAUUUAGGUCACCGGUCGUUGAUGGAAGAGUUCACCGUGUAUCUUUGACUCCAAUUGAAGGGGUGAAGAAGCUUCAUGAAUUGAUAGACAGCAAACUUCACGCAAAGGAUUUAGAAUUCCUUAGGGUAACUCCUGAGGAGAAAUACGCAAUAAGUUAUAUCGAUGAUGAAGGUGAUAUUGUCUCAAUCACCUCAGAUCACGAUCUUAUCGAGUGUGUUAGAAUUAAUAAGCAUUUGAAAAAUGAUAAGGCCGAUUUAUACAUUCACAAUCCACACGUACCUGCUCCUAUCGACGAAGCAAAUAUAGGUAGAUCAAAGGGGAAGAAAAGCGGUAACUCCAAUGAUCUCAUAGGUGGAAUCCCAAAUGAAGUUUUGAUUCCUGGGAUUUUGGCUGUCCUUACAACUUCUGCUGUCAUUGGUUUCUUCAUGGGAAGAAAGUAG